AUGCUUCUGUUGAUCGUGUCACUGCUGGGACACCCCGCGAUGCUUCUCUUCCAUGCGCUCCAUUGGUCCGUGGGGGGUCACUUCGACGCCGCGGUGCUGGAGGCUCUGAAGGGCGUGCUACCGGAGUCAGGCCAGGCACAACUCGAGGUGCUCUCCGCGGGGGCACCCGAAUGGGCGGCGUGGCCGUAUCUCAAUAGCACGCUCCAUGCGGACUCGCGCCGCCUUUCCCAGCAGGAAGACGCAGACGCUCCCUGGUCGAAUCCCCAGUCCAGUGAAUUCCAAUGGAUACUGGUUGUGAUCAUCAGCAUCGUCCUAACUUAUGUCGGUGCCUUCCUCUACAAACGCGGGAUCGUCGACAAGCGGGGGCCCUGGCAGGGCUGGGAGGGCAAUCCCCAACUCAGCCUCGCGAUCGCAUGGAGUGGUGGCGUGUGGAGGUACACCUGCUGCGGCGACUGCUGCUUGCAGGACCACGUCUAUUGCUGGUACGCCUGCCUCUGUCUCGGUGCCAGGCUCGGCGAUACCUACACGGCGGCGAACAUCGGCGGGCCCGGCUAUUUUGCGUACGUCCACGCUGUCGUGGCAGUCUGGUUGUCCGGCCAGCUCAUAGCCGUGGUGUGGAAGAUACUCAUGCCCAUGAUGGUCAGUUGGGACGGCUGGUCUGCCCCACGGAUCUGCGUGGUCUGA